GAUCCAAACAAGACCGUUCUACCCUUUUAAACAGUAGUUGCAAUUUUAUCCGAUCUUCAUAGAUUUCUUCUUUACUAAUUUUUCUUUUAUUUUUUGAAUUUAACUGGUUAAGCAAAGCAAAGAGAGUUUCGAUCGAGAAGGAAAUGUCGGUGCAAGAGUACCUAGACAAACACAUGCUCUCUAGAAAAAUCGAAGACGCCGUUAAUGCCGCCGUCAGAGCCAAAGCUCCCGAUCCCGUCCUCUUCAUUUCAAAUCACAUGAGAAAAGCGGUUCCGUCAGUGAUAACGAAGAUUAAAGCUCGACAGAUACUUGAUAGUAGAGGAAUUCCAACUGUUGAAGUCGACUUGUUUACUAAUAAAGGAAUGUUUCGUGCGUCCACUCCUAGCGGCGAUGUUACUGGCAUGUAUGAGGCUACUGAAUUGCGUGAUGGAGACAAAGGAACAUAUCUUGGGAAUAGUGUGACAAGAGCUGUUAAGAAUGUUAAUGAGAAAAUAUCCGAAGCAUUAAUUGGUAUGGAUCCGACGCUUCAGUCUCAGAUUGAUCAGGCCAUGAUUGACUUGGAUAGAACCGAAAAGAAGGGUGAACUUGGAGCAAAUGCUAUUUUAGCUGUAUCCAUUGCUGCAUGCAAAGCUGGGGCUGCUGAAAAGGAGGUUCCACUUUACAAACACAUUGCUGAUCUCUCUGGCAAAACCAACCUGACUGUUCCUGUCCCUGCCUUCACAGUCAUAAGUGGUGGUAAACAUGCUGGGAAUAAUCUAGCCUUUCAGGAAAUCAUGAUUCUUCCAGUUGCUGCCAAUAGAUUUUCUGAGGCAUUGCAAAUAGGCUCUGAGACCUAUUAUCAUUUAAAGGCUGUUAUUACAGAAAAAUAUGGUGAACAUGGAUGUAAUGUUGGUGAAGAUGGUGGUUUUGCUCCAAACAUUUCCAGUGUUCAUGAAGCCUUGGAUCUUGUUAAAGAGGCCAUCAGCAGAACAGGGUAUAAUGACAGAAUAAAAAUAGCUAUUGAUGUUGCUGCGACUGCUUUUUGUACAGGUACCAAGUAUGAUUUGGACUUCAAAUCUCCUAAUAGAUCAGGGCAAAAUUUCAAGUCAGGAGAGGAUAUGAUUGAGAUGUACCAAACUCUAUGUGCAGAUUACCCAAUAGUGUCAAUUGAAGAUCCAUUUGACAAGGAGGAUUGGGUACAUAUCAAGAAUUUCUCAAGCCUUGGACUUUGCCAGGUAGUAGGAGAUCGCUUGUUGAUGUCAAAUCCAAAACGCAUUGAGAGAGCAAUCCAUGAGUCCACUUGUAACGCUCUUCUUCUCAAGAUAAACCAGAUUGGGACAGUAACAGAGGCCUUAGAAGUGGUUAAGCUGGCAAAGGAUGCUCACUGGGGAGUGGUUGUAUCUCAUAGAAGUGGGGAAACGGAUGAUUCUUUCAUAGCUGAUUUAUCUGUUGGACUGGCCACUGGUCAGAUCAAAGCAGGUGCUCCUUGCAGGGGAGAGCGACUGGCAAAAUACAACCAGUUGCUUCGCAUUGAAGAGGAACUCGGUGAUCAAGUCAUUUAUGCUGGUGAAGAUUGGAGACUAACCUGAUCCAACCCUAAGGUUUUAUCUUAUCCCCACAAUUUCUUUCUCCGUUCUAUUGCUCGAGGCUUCAUGAGUAAAUGUCCAGUUGUAUCGAGCAACUUUUCGGUUUUGUCUUCGAGUGAAUGUUACUACUGCUUGUUCUUUUUUCUUUUUUCUUUUUUUCUUUUUCUUUUUGGAGGAAGAAAGACGAGAAGAGUGAAUGAGCAUUUGAAUCACAUUUUAAGAGGCACAUGGUCUGAAUGAAAUUGGCAACACAAAUUCCAUUA